AUGUCUAAGUCUCUCAAGCUGUCCUCCGGCUAUAACAUGCCACUGGUUGGCUAUGGCAUUUGGAAGGUGCCUAAGGAGAACGCCGCCGACUCUGUCUACAACGCUAUCAAGCUCGGAUAUCGUCACAUCGACGGUGCCCACGACUACCAGAAUUCGGCAGAGGCCGGUGAGGGUGUGCGCAGGGCUCUCGAUGAGGGCAUUGUGAAGCGUGAGGAUCUCUUCAUCGUCUCUAAGCUCUGGAACAACUACCACGCCCGUGAGCACGUCCAUGAGAUGGCCAACUUCGAGAACAAGAACUGGGGCGUCGGUUACCUCGAUCUGUACCUCAUCCACUUCCCCAUCGCCCAGCGCCACAUCCCUAUGUCUGAGCUGAAGUAUCCUUGCUUCUGGGCUGAUGCGGCUCAGAAAAAGGUGACGGAGCAAGUCCCCGUGCCCAUCCAAGAGACGUGGCAAGCCCUCGAGGAGCUCGUCAUCAGCAAGGACAACCCCAGCGGGAUCCUGCGCUCCAUUGGCGUGGCUAACUUCAACGCCAUGCUGCUGUACGACGUCCUGCGCUAUGCCAAGGUCAAGCCGGCUGUCAACCAGGUCGAGCACCACCCGUACCUGGUCCAGCCGAGCCUGAUCCAGAUGUGCCAGGAGAACGGCAUCGCCGUCACGGCGUACAGCUCCUUCGGCCCCCAGAGCUUCAUCGAGCUCAAGAACAAGCGCGCCCUGGACGUCGGCCCCCUGUUCGAGAACGACAAGGUCGCCGCCGCCGCCAAGAAGCACGGCAAGACCCCCGCCCAGGUCCUGCUGCGCUGGGCCACGCAGCGGGAUAUCAUCGUGAUCCCCAAGAGCAACAGCCAGGAGAGGCUGGCGCAGAACCUGGACUCGGUGGACUUCGAUCUUACCGCUGAGGAAAUUGAGUCCAUCUCGGCGCUGGACAAGGGGCUGCGCUUCAACGACCCGGCUGAUUUCGGCCUCAGGAUAUUUGCUUAG